AUGAUUGAAAUUCCGUCUUAUUUACUCAAAUUGCGUUACGGCGCUGUUGCACAGCGGACACUUCAACAAAUUUGCUCAGCUGAACAACCCAAGUCCAAGGAUGAUGUUCGUGAUGCCAUGGUAAGCCAACUCUCUACUAUUGGGAUAAUUGGGUCUAAUCCAGUCAUGUUCCGCAAGAAUGAAGAUUAUAUCGAUAAGUUGGUGGAUAUCUUUAAAAGCAAGGGACCUGCAAAAGCCAGUGCGAUGCUUACAGAUGAAUUUGUCAAUGACGAGACUGAAACGGAUGAGCUGGUGACUGAAUUAGACGAUAGUAGCGUUGGCAAAUCUCCCUCUGCUGCGCUAAAAGUCGAGCCUCUGGAUAGCUUGGCUACUUCUACUGACCACCAAUCCCUCCCGUCGCGUUGGAUCACUCCGAAGGAAUGCCAGUUUGAGCUUUCGCUAGACGGUUUGGAGAUCUCGACUAAAAAUCCUACUAAAUCCGUGUCCUCCUCUUCCUCAAUAACAGUUAACCUUCCUCAUCACGCUCGUUCAAGCAUUUUCUCGACAAAAGCAGAUUUCAGCGUGCAUGAAACGAUAGGCAUAUACUAUUAUGAAGUGGAAGUUCUAUUUGGGCUAAACUCGGGAUCGGAGAUAACAAUAGGAUACAUGGAUGGAGAUCAACCAGAGGAAAUCAUCAGUUCUCUGAGAGGCCACGACGAGAACGCAUGGGGAUACAAAGGCAAAGACGGGAAACUAGUAAGCUUUGAGGAGUGCAGAUCCAGUGUUCGAACAUCGUGCAAGUUUGGCAAUAAAGACGUCGUCGGAUGUGGAGUUAAUUUUAUCAAUCGUUCGAUUUUUAUCACCAAAAAUGGUGUGUUCCUCGGUGAAGCCUUUUCCUUGCCAUCGAACAUGAAGCGGGUCGUGCCGGUGGUAAGUCUGGGAUCUUGGAACUCGAUUUCGACCAACUUUGGUCAUACCAAAAGCUUCAGGUUCAAUAUUGACAACUAUGUCGACUCAUUCAAAUUACGGUUUCUAAAGACAAUCAAUAACUAUAAAAUACCCUCCGUGACCCUUGACAAUGGCAGAGAAAUCCGAGACUCCAACGAUAUGAAGAACUCGCUCAGCCAGAUGAUUAAAAAGUACUUUGAGCACAGAGGCUAUGCCACUGCGCUCAAGUCAUUUGAGAAGGAUUUGAGUCUUGAGGGGAGUGAAGAUACUCCAUAUCCUUUAAGGCGUGAGAGCUAUAUCAAGAAGAAACUCAAACAUCUGAUUUCAAGCAAUGAAAUCGAUGCAGCCACGGAGUUGGUUAAAUCCAGCUUCCCCGGUCUGCUAGAAGACAAUACAGAUAUACAAUUCAAACUAGACUGCCUUAAACUGGUGAACAUGGUCGAUAGUGAAGAACAAUUUAUCAAACUUGCUAAACACAUGAAAUCAGCUUACGUCUGGGAGCACUAUCAAAAAAUACUAAACGAUCUUUCGGGGUUGCUUGCGUACGAUGAUCCGACUGCCACUGUGCUAUACAAAUCAUUCAUGAACUUUGAAAGGGCUAGAUUGGUGCACAAGCUCUGCAUGUUGAUUAACUUGAAAAGUGGCAUUCCAGCAUUAUCCAAUUUUGAACAACUUAUUCAUGCUGCAGACUCCAUGGUCGUUGAGGGUAAUGAUCCCAACACGACACUGAUAGACAUUGUGAAUGAUUUUGUCCAGAUAUGA